AUGGGAAAAUCAAGGGAAAAGGUGACCAACAAAGUAAGCAAAAAACCCCAGGGUGUGCUGAGUGCAAAGUUGAAGAAGAAAAUAAGAGAUGUGGAGAGAUUACUUAAGCGGGACUCAUUGAAUGGAACCACCAGAACCGAAAACGAAAGAAAACUAAAAGCCUUGAAGGUUCAACUAGCAAACAGUAGCCUUAACUUACAAGCCAAGAAGAACGCCAAAAAGUAUCACAUGGUCAGAUUCUUUGAAAAGAAGAAGGCUGUCAGAAAGUUGAAACAAGCAAUUAAGACCUUGGAGGAAGCCAAAAAGACUGAAGUAAAAAAAGACAUUAAAAAGGCCAGAAAAUCAGUGAAGUUCUGUGAAAUAGACCUUGUGUAUACCAUAAUGUUCCCCAAGAACGAAAAGUAUAUUUCAUUAUAUCCUAACCCCAAGGAUGAGGACAAACAACUGACAUCCACACCUCAAGCAAAGGCAGGAAAGUUGGCCAGUGAAAGUCUUAGAAGAGAAAAGAGAAAGGAAUAUGAAAGGUUGAUUGAAGAAGACAAGUUGCCUUUCACUUUGGAAGACGUUUUGGCAGGUAAGACCAUUUCAUUAGAUUCCGAAGUUCUCACAGCAAAGAUGGAACAAGAAAUCGAUGCCGAAGGAGAAGAAAAUGGAGAAGAAGAAGACGAUGAGUUUUUGGAAGAAGCUUAA